AUGGCGGACAAGCUGGACCGCAGCCUUGACGAGAUCCUUGGCGAGAAGGUAAGGAAACCCGCAGCCUUAAGAGCGACGGCCCUCGCAACAACCGUGGAAACGGUAGAGGUGCCCCCCGAAGACGCGAACGCGAACGCCAGGAAUAUCCUCGCGACGGCGUUAGAAAGGUUGAAUGACCCUCCUCCCUCCUCAUCCCGGUCGACCACGACUACCGCGCAGCUUUCGCUAACAGGUGUCGCCGUCCUGCGAUACAGUCCUUCCGUGACGAGCCUAGAAACCUCGAUAGGUAUUUCCACGCAGAAUGAACUCCCAAGUGAAUGGGUUCACGAUCGAUUCGAAGAGCACGCGGAGCAGACAAUCGCCGUGCGCCGGCCCCUCGACGGAGACGCGACGAGCCUGAGCAAAGGCAAAGAUUCGAGCAGCUCGAAAAUCCGCGUCGAGAACAUCCACUACGAGUUGACUCCUGACGACUUGGAAGAAUUGUUUAACAGAAUCGGCCCUGUCGCGAAGUUGGAUCUCAAGUAUGAUCGCGCUGGUCGCUCGGAGGGCGUUGCCUUCGUCACGAUGGAGUCCCGCGAGGAUGCUUUGGACGCGAUCAAGCAGUUUGACGGUGCUAAUGCUAACGGCCAACCCAUCAAACUGUCAAUCAUUGGCGGUGGAGCCGGCGGUCGAUCUCGCAACCCCUUUGACUCGGCGGUGAUGCCGGGCCGUCCACUUGCAGAGCGAAUCUCUGCUCCCGGCGGUCGCUCGAGAUCCAUGUCCCCUGGACGAAGAUACGAUGUCGACGAGGCUGCUGAGAGAGGCAUUGACAGAUACGUCCCCGGAAGCCGUGGAAACCGUUCGCGAAGCCCUAUGCCCCGCCGGCGCGGAAACGGUGGCGGUGGUGGCGGACGCAGACCUGGAGCUCGCAGAGAAGGCGGUAGAGAUGGUGGCAGAGACGGUGGUAGAGAUGGCGGCAGAGACCAAGAAGGUGGAAGAGGUGGCCGCUCGGGUAGAGACGGGCGUACUCGGAAGACACAGGAGGAACUGGAUGCCGAGAUGGCUGACUACUUUGGCGGAGGCAACUCCGGAGAGGCUGCGCCUCAGCCGAACGGUGGCGCUGCCGCUGCCGCGGUCCCCGCCACGAACGAUGAUAUCGAUAUGAUCGAGUAA